UCUGAUUAAUGUCCAUUUGUGGAGUCCAGUGAAGAUAUUUGCGUGUUGCACUGUAAUAAGGAGGCCAGCCCUCACAAUUCCUUCACUCCUGUCUCUAUUCUCUGCAGAAAAAAGCUCCAAGAUGCAGACUUUUAUCACUUUUCUUCUUCUUUCUCUCCUCAUCGCUUCAUCGUCGUUUUCCGGCGCAGAAAUUACACGGAGAAUAGGAGUAUGCUUUGGGCAACUGGGGAAUAAUCUGCCCAGUCCAGCAAAAUCUGUGGAGCUCAUCAAUGGGUUGAAGGCUACGAGGGUUAAGAUCUACGAUGCCAACCCGAAGAUCCUGAAAUCCCUGCAAGCAUCAUCCCAGCUUCAAGUCUCGAUCAUGGUCCCCAAUGGCCUCAUCCCCAGCAUCUCCUCCAACCAAACCUUGGCGGACCAGUGGGUACGCACCAAUGUUGUUCCCUUCUACCCCAAAACCAUGAUCCGUUACCUCCUCGUCGGCAAUGAAAUCCUGAGCAACCCGCCUAACACUACCUGGUUCCAGCUCGUGCCGGCCAUGCGCAAAAUCCGGCGAUCUCUCGCGAAAUUCCGGCUCCGGAAGAUCAAAGUGGGGACUCCUUUGGCUAUGGAUAUGUUGGAGUCUUCAUUCCCGCCGUCCAGUGGAACUUUCCGGUCUGACCUUUCCGGCCGGGUUUUCCGGCCUCUGUUACAGUUUUUGAAUCAUUCUAGAUCCUUCUUCUUCUUCGAUGUCUACCCGUAUUUCGCUUGGGCAGCUCAGCCUAAGGAUAUUAACCUUCGCUAUGCUCUAAUGGAGCACACUAAUAUUACUUAUUCGGACCCGGGUUCGGGUUUGACGUACACCAAUUUGUUGGAUCAAAUGAUCGAUGCGGUUCAUUUCGCGGUGAAGCGAUUAGGGUUCCCGGAUCUCCGCCUGUUUAUUGCGGAGACGGGUUGGCCCAAUGCCGGCGACGCCGACCAAAUCGGAGCGAAUAUUUACAAUGCCGCCACGUAUAACCGGAACGUGGUUAAGAAGUUCACUGCCAAUCCGCCGGUGGGGACGCCGGCCAUGCCAGGCGUGGUGUUGCCGGCGAUGAUAUUCGCGUUGUAUAACGAGAACCAGAAGCCGGGGCCGGGAACGGAGCGGCAUUUCGGGCUGCUACACCCCAACGGCAGCAACGUGUACGAGAUUGAUCUGUCGGGGAAGACGCCGGAGUCGAAAUUCAAGCCGCUGCCGAAGCCGACGAACGACAAUCCUCCGGAAGGGAAAUUCUGGUGCGUGGUGGCGCCGGCGGCCAAUAAGACGGCGGUGGUUGACGCCUUGAAUUAUGCAUGCGGGCAGGGUAAAGGGACCUGCGACCCGAUUCAACCCGGUGGCAAAUGUUACCAGCCCAAUAGCCUGGUCCCACAUGCCAGCUAUGCGUUUAGUUCUUACUGGGCCCGGUUUAAUAGCAUAGGUGGGACCUGCUACUUCAAUGGCCUUGCUAUCAAGACUACAAAGGAUCCUAGUCAUGGUUCCUGCAAAUUUCCAAGUGUUACCCUUUGAAGAAACAUCAACAUUUGGUAAAAUUUUUGAUCGAGCAAGAUUGUUUAGUCAUUUGGUAAAAUUUUUGGUCGACCAAGAUCUUUUUAGUUUCAAUUAGAUUAUAUGGAGAGUAGAGGACCCCAAAUUCACUUGUACCCCAUUUUAUAUGCUACUCUAUAUUAUUUUGGGAAUUUAUUAGUAUAUUCUGCAAUUAUAACUUCUGUACAUGUGUUCUUGAAUCUUGACAACCUAUUAGCAUAGCAGGCAA